AUGAACCUAGAGACUGCCCGCUUUAUUUUCGAUCAUGUCUUCUUACCCCCAAACCUCCCUCAGGCCGAUCACGCAGAAGUCGGAGGUGACGAGCUCCUGAAACAAAUCUCGCAGGCCGCCAACGAAUUCGGUCGCUCUUUUCCCUCUGGGAAUGAGGCUCGUGUUUGGGCACACUUGUCCCGAUCUCUUUCUAAAUGGAUCGACCUCUUCGAUGGCGGAACUCCGUGCAGUUACAAGAUCAUCAAUAACCUUCGGAGUAUGCGUGAAAAUGAUGUUCUCCUGUUCUAUGUGAAACCCCAGAACGCUGCCAUUUUAGUCCGAAAUCGAUCGACUGGCGCCAUUUUCGAGUGCUUCGAGGUUCUCCCUAAGACUGAUGCGGUUCUGGCAGCCAAAGACGCACUUCUACGACAAUUUCCAGCAAGAGCAGUAUUCGUCACGAGAGACAAACUGAAUGACACAUCCUUCAUACAUGAGCUGGGAACCGCAAUCCAUAAACUCUCCGUUGAGCCAUUGCGACUGGCAAUGGAAACCACAAAGAAGGCACGAAACAAUGUUUCCGAAGAACGUCAGUCUGCCCAUCCAAGAGCGGUCACCGAGUGGCUCUUCGGGCUUCUCAGCAGCAUGGGAAAAGCCACGGCUAGUCCAAUCAUUACCAAGCGAACUCACGAUGAUGUUUGUUGGAAGGACGCCAACCUGCCUUGGCGCAGAUCAGGACUUUGGCUUUGUGCUCGAGUAGCCAUCCAGGUUGCCUUAUUCAACUCAGACCUCGUGGUUGAGGAUCAUUCUCACUAUAAGAACUUCAUGUUAUUUUUGUUGUCACGACUUGCGACAGAGAUCUCCAUGACCGACAUGUUGCCCGAUGUUCUUCAUGUCCUCCGUGUCAAGCUAGCGAGACGAAAUGCGAAACUCGGGGUGGCUACCUUUGGAUUCGUGCAAACCGCUGUCCGUGAAGCCUUGCAUCAUAUCGAUGAAACUAUGCGAUCCCUGUGGAAAGAGGUAACGGAGCGCGACAACAUCAGCAUUCCGCGAGUUCCUGUCAGGGAAGUCACGGACAAAUUGGCCCUGAAGCAUAGUCAUGCUGCUUUGCAAAACAUCUGGCAGCGCGCCCAAAAGAGGUUCACUUACUCCCAGGCAAUAUUCAUACCACCCUCAUUUCCCAGAAUCCCAUUAUUGAGGGACCAACUGCCUAGACCGCAGAUUUUCGAGCAACGUGCUGAUCUACUCUUCAAUCUUGUGGACUUCGAGCUUUGGGUCGAGGAAAACCUUGAAACAUGGUUGCAAUCGCACACCACCAGCUCAUCGUCUUGCAGCCCAUUGGUCGAAUUGAUACAGACAUACCAUGCCAAAGCAGAGUCAAAAUACGAUGGACACCCAGAGCGUAUGUCCGUCAUGUUUCUGACCAUGUUUGAGCUCUGGGUUGCUUUAGACACUAUCGCAACAACCAUCCACCCUUUGUUGCUGAACUACCCGCCAGACAUACCUGCCAACUUGUUUGAGCCACUCCUACUCCACAAACAGGCCGAAUUAGAACGACUGUCCCGUAUCGAGUCUCAUAUCGCCCACCGAAACUCUAGUUGUAAAGAUGGCUGUCCUUCGCUUUUCAGCGACCCUUCAUAUAAUUGCUUUGCUAUCAAGUUUUAUGACGUCUGCCCCGAUAUGAAGGAAUUACGCAACACGAUCGAGAAGCAGGCUAAAUGUGCCAGAACUGCCAAGACGAAUGAGUGGAACUCGAAGAAAGUCGAAUUCGACGGGCUGAUGCGGAAAGUUGAGUCAAUGGAGCACGGCGUCUUCAUUCCUCGAAAUGGGCGGUAUGCCGGCCGUCCACGACAUGACAAAUUUUGUGCUAGAUGUGCAAAAGAGAAGAAGGCCAACGCGCUCGAGAUUGAGAAGCACGAGUGGCCCCUCCCAGAGAGCGAGACACUGUGCAAAGCCGUCAUCUUCGAGCUCCUGGCACCUGAAGCAAUCACUUGUUGGCGAGAUGCCACCUUUUACCUCAUACAUGACAUCGACAGAACUGAGACUACCGGACAGGCGUCUAAGCAAGUGCUUUUAUCGUUCCCGCCGCUUCAGAAGCACGCGCUGAAUAAAACUCGGCGCAUAACCCUUGCUUCUUCGAUCAAGCCGAUGUCCAAAGCUCAUUAUUUCAAGACUCUAUUGGGCAUUGACGAUAUUUUUGUCAAGAAUGGUCUCGAGCCUAGAAUGUAUGACACCGCGAAAUCUGGGGUAUGGACGGCCAAGCAAACUGCGAAGCCUUCGUUAGUGCGCCGGUGCGCCUCUCAACUACCACCUUCUCUCAACCGACAUCUGACACGGCAAGUACACUCCACCCAGCAUUCUCAAAAUUCGGUCAUUGCAAAACAGUCUCAAUGUCCUCCGGAGAUGGGCCCCCAUGAGUACCUUGUCUUUGGCUCGCUGCGGUCAGGGGAGAGACUGCAGUGGUUCAAUGUUCUGGCAUCCCUCAUGUCUACCGAGAUUGAUUUGAAUUCGGCCGCCACUGCUCUGCUCUUCCUCCAUGCAAUUUCCCAGGUCGGCACACCCGGCAGUAUUGCCCCAUCAUAUCUGAGAGAAAGCCAAGUGGAGCUCAUGAAUGAAGCUUUCUGUCGAUCCCUGCUCGAUGCCCUCGAAGGGAAUUUUGCGAGAGUUGAAGCAAACUGGAAAGAGGCAACGGCGGUAUCUGUUUUGCUGACCGUCACGCUCAAAGUCGUCUCAAUAUCGCCUUACCAUCCUGUUGUGGAACGUUGCAUGAAGUUGAUUAGUCGGAUUCGAAGCUCUGCCUGCAUAUGGAUUCGCCAACUUGUUGACCUCCAUGCAGAACAGAGAGACCGUCUAGUUGAUGACCUGGCCGAUGGAGCUGCCUUGAAAGAUCUCUCCCGCCACAUCUUGAAUGCUUGUCUCUUGGCCCGUCGGACGUAUGCUCUCGACAGCAGCAAGCAGAAAUUGUUGUUUUCAGCACAUGAUGCCGGAACAGAUUACGUUGAAGCCUCUCUUCAUCUGCACACACACCGCGAAUCCUAUUCUAGCACAGGAGACAGCAAGCUGGAAACAGACCUACUCAAUGACGAGCAUCUCGCAAGACGUUGCGAGAAACAUUUCCAAGUCGUCCUCAAAAGCGACGAUGCCGUAAUUACGGAAGGUAUCAGGCGAUUCUGGCCAGCGGCCUCUUUCACUGGGAGAUGGCAGACAGUCCACGCAAAUGACACUUCAUGGGUUCAGAACCAUGUCUCAUCUAAAUGUGUUCACUACAAUUUGAUUACGGGCAGUCUCUUGGUGUCCGGUCGUGCUCUCGCACGGCUGCCUUCAAAGUACUCAUCGCAUCCCUUAUAUCGCGCCAUUUUUGGUGAUCCUGGUCUGGAAGUAUUCCCCUCGGAUGUCGAUGACAUGGAAUACAUGUCUAAGAAUUUAUUUGCUGGACAUAAAAUUUAUUUCGGCAUGCGCAACGAAGGUCUGCUUAUUCGUUCUCGCAUUGAGAACGAUACAUUUGAGGCAGUCCUGCCUGACCAGUUUUUGGGAGAUUUACCAACGGAGAUUGUCAAGUACACAAUUCCGUGGAUGUCCUUGAAUGAUGGUAGAGUGUUUUUUCGCCCUAAUGAACGCCCUUGGAUAUCGGAGGCCGGCGAUUGGAUUCUCUAUCCCGACAUAAACUCGAAGACGACACACUCCAUGCGGACCGACCAUGCGUACUUGAUAGAUAGUGAAAGCGCAGUUGGAAGCACCAUUUGCCAGAUAUUCCGACCGUUUGAGCAACCAGACCACAUUGUCAUGGCUUUUUCUCAGGAUACUAUAAUUAACAUCAGUCUUCCGCGCUAUCAGCUGAACUUUUACGUCGACUAUGCAGGCAAUGUGGUCUGCAAAGAACUUUCUGCUGUUAUCGAUACUAGCCAGGCAAUCGGCACACUAUACGGACUGAAAUCACGUCUUGUCUUACAUGUGGAGGGCGAAUCUGAGCAAUCUUCACGCAUUCUCCUCAUACCAAACGGCCCGGUGAGUAUCUCGAGUGCACGACCGCAUAUCACGGCACACGUCGUUCUGAAAGAGGAGGACGACUCAUUAUCAUUCUCUCAAUAUCGACUUGAUAGCAGACUUGGUCGAUUGGCCAGUGAAACUCAGCUCGAAGCAUUCCUAUUCAAGACAUACCUUCAUGCCAUUACGAGUUUCCCAGAACCGGAUGCUUUUACCGGUCGUACUGGCACCGAGGAAAGCCUUUUUAAUUUAUCAGACCCUGUCUGCCGGACGUCAAUCCCUCUGUCGGCUCGCUCUCAGUCGCUAUUGACUGUGAUUGGGGAACUCUCUCCCGAGCGACUUUAUUAUCCGGCUCACCUGAGGACUAUGCAGACCGACACCUUUCACGAUGUCCUACCAAUUCUGUCUCAGCGUGAUCUCUUCUUCGGCACAGUCCACGAAAUUGUGGCGCACAACAUCAAGUCAGUUUUCUUGUUUGAAAAUGCGGAUAUCACGGCACCCAAGUAUGCAGGAGAUUUUGGACUUUUAGAGCGGUCUCACCAUCGAUCUCGCAAACUAUACCCUUGCGAAUCAGUAGCGACCAUGCGGACUGUGUCCGAUGACCACGAAUAUCCCGCACGCGAUCGGGAUCGGAGCCACAACCAGACCACAGCCUCAACACUGGCAGGCCUUGUCGAAUCUUGGCCAUCUACUUUUGGUGUUUGCUCAAAUCUGAAAGAUAUGAUUCAAUGCUGGCAAGAAAUUAGUGGUUUCGAGGAAAACUUCACUGUCAUAUCAUAUUCAAGGCUGUUGAGUGAGGAGAAUUUCAAAGACGACUUUCCUCGGUUACUCAGCCUUUGCAGAUCUGGAACCUUCUCCAAACAAGAACUCAGCUUUAUUCUUUCGCUCAUAGCAUUCGGGAACCCGGACCUGGUUCCCAAGUUGAGAAGUCUUUUGGCUUUUGCAGUCUCACCGUCUCUGAGAGCGUUGCCAGCACCUCAACAUAACCAUUACGACCUGUGUCAAGGCCACUCAUUAAAUGAGCGAGAUAUCUUGGCCAUUCUUUCGCACUGCGAGGAGGAAUUUGUACCGAAAACCGAUUCAAACAGCGAGGACACGGGUGAUGAAUUUUGGCAAGCAGAGUGGCGACAAUUUCAACGAGAGUUGCAAGAUCAGCGCGAGUUAAUCCUGAAUGCAGUUCGCUCUUCUUGGCCAGGCGAUACAGUGAGAUUGCCUGCUGAGCAUCUACUCGGUCAUUAUCAGUUCUCUCAGUUGAAACUCCUUUUGAAUGGGAGAUUCGCUGCGUGGCACAAAAACCAUGUGUUCUUGAACCAAUUCUACGACUUUGACCAAGCGCUCAGAGCUUUUCAUGUCUCUUGGACAGGUCCAAAGACUCUUGAUACCAUCCUCGAUUCGACACCUGUUGCCCGUGCUCCUGUCCAAGAGACUCAUUUCUCUCUGCUUGACCUAAUGAAUCUGGUCGACGUUAACGAACAGGAGUUCAAUCAAAGCAAACCAAGCCUUCUGGACGAAGAUCUAUCCCGCUCUGUAUCCGGCAGGAUCCCCCAGAACCUCCUUAAUGUCAACGAGCUUCGCUGCACCUGUGAGGAGCUUGAGGGCAUCAUUGAAGACCUCGACGAAGAUACUAGCAGUGGUGCUCAUCAUUAUGCCAAAUUCCUGAAUGACAGCCUAGUAGCGCUACAGGAAAAGGCUGGAGAAGACCAAGCCGUGAUGAAAGUACCUCCGAAUUCUGUUUUAAGUCGAAAAGUCUCUGAUGUGAAGGAUCAUAUUGCAUACAUCCUGCGCCGAGUCCGUCAGUUGCUCGAACCGCGGUUAGAGUGUGAAAAGGCACUGGUCACUGCAAGAAUCUGGCCUCAGGUCUCUCAAUUGACCUUACUCCAGCUCCUAUCUGCAGACCACCGCGGCAAGCUUCCCCGCCGUUGGGUUGACAUCCUGAUUAGAUUUGCCAAAGAAAUUAGUGCGCUCCAACGUGUGGGACGCAUUCAAAAGUAUCUGGUGGCUAAUGAUUCUUUCGCUCUUCAACGCGAAUUAGCAAAUCCGGCCCAUGCAGCAUGGUCACCUAGAAGCUGGCCCGAUUGGCUAUUGCUCGAGAUACAGAACAACAUUCUCAUUCGACCUGCCCAGGUCCGUGUUGCCAAAGAGCUGAUCAAGCCUGAGAAUGGGGUCGUUUUAUUGGGUAUGGGAGAGGGGAAGACAAGCGUGAUCCUGCCAAUGGUGAUCACGGCUCUUGCGCAUGGUACGCACCUUGUUCGUGUCGUCGUCCUGAAGCCUCUCGCCAAUGAAAUGCUCCGAUUACUAUCGAGAAGCCUCUCUGGACUUGUUGGACGGACCGUAUAUCACUUGCCCUUCUCGAGACAGACGUAUUUGGGUCCCAAGACGCCUCAGCUUCUAAUGAACCUUUUUCAAGAAUGUCGACAAACUGCUGGGGUUCUUCUCACGCUUCCAGAACACCUGAACUCAUUCCGCCUUAUUGGGCGUGACAAGUUGGCAGCCCCCGAUACCUUCAGCCUUGCCACCGAGCUCAUCGGGGUACAGAAGUGGCUGGAUUGCAAUGCCCGGGAUAUAUUGGAUGAGAGCGAUGAACUGCUGAAACCUGCCUAUGAGCUCGUGUACACGAAUGGAGAGGCAAAUCUCUUGUCCGGAGCACCAGACAGAUGGACAAUUGCUCUUGAGCUUCUUGGCUUGAUCCAGAAAAAUGCCGCUGCGCUCCACAGUAAGUCUCCCACCGGGAUUGAGUUCGAACCACGAUUGCAUGGCUCUUUCCCACAUGUACGAAUCCUUCACGACGAAGGUGGUCACUCUGUGGCUAAGUUCUUGGCUCAAGAGGUCGUCGAGAGGAGAGUCUCUGGCCUUCCGUUGGGUCACUGCAAUUCUGAAGUCCUGGCCUCGAUCAGUUCGUUCAUUCUUGACGUUGAUGUGGACGAGUCCAAAUUUCGAAUGAUGGAAGAACAUUUUAAAGGCUCUGCACAGUUAGACAUCCUCUACGUCGUCCGUGGAUUGAUCGCCUAUCAGACACUUAAUCACUGCCUUCGGAAGAGAUGGCUCGUGACAUACGGACUGGACCGCAGUCGCUCUUUGAGCGCGGUACCCUAUCGAGCAAAGUCGACUCCCUCGCCAAGCGCUGAAUUUGCACACCCCGAGACGGCAAUUAUUCUUACUGCUCUCUCAUUUUACUACACCGGACUCUCGCGCUCAGACAUCAGAAGAUGCAUUCUUAUCCUCAUGAAAUCUCCUGAUCCAAUGGAGGAGUACUCGAAGUGGGUAUCGCACAGCACCCUGACUAAGUUCCGAACCGCAAGCGCGAUUAAUCUAGAAGAUGCCUCAUGCAUUGAUGUCCUACACGAGCAUCUCCGCAUGAAUAGCGAGGUGAUAAAUUUCUUCUUGCGAUUCGUCGUCUAUCCUUCCGAGGCAAAGGAAUUCCGCUAUAAGCUAUCUAGUAGCGCCUGGGACCUCUGCUCUAAUGACGGAGGGAAGGUCACUUCCGGCUUCAGUGGCACUUGCGAUAGUCGAAUUCCAAAAUUCUGUACCCAGAAAGAUCUCCCAGACUUGAGAUACAUCACAGCAUCUACUUUAUCCACCUUAUUGCGUCACGACAAUCGCACUUAUCUAUGUGCAGCUUCUUCUACGGGCCAGCGACUUUCAACUAAAGAGUUGUUGAAGCUUGUGGUGAAGGAUGAUGAGAAACAUAACACACUGGAUGUUAUUAUCGACGUUGGAGCCCAGAUGUUAGAGGAUAACAAAGAAAUUGCGUCAAAGUGGCUGGCGUUAUCCCAGAACACGGGGAAGACAGCCGCAAUAUUUUUCAGCGACAACGAUGAAAAGAUGGUUUUGAAGCGUGAUGGAGCUAUUGAACCACUGGUAACAUCGACUUUCAAAGAUAAAAUUGGGGACUGCCUCAUCUAUCUCGAUGAAUUUCAUACUCGAGGGACAGAUUUUCAGCUGCCGGACAAAUUCAAAGCCGCCGUCCUUCUUGGUCCUGGACUCCUGAAAGACAACCUGGCGCAAGCCUGCAUGCGAAUGAGGAAGUUACAAGUCUCGCAGUCGGUGAAAUUCUUUGCUCCACCUGAAGUAGAUCAGAAUAUCAGAAGCAUUUUGAAGGGAGCUCCGGAGACUCUCGACAGUUCUCAUGUGUUGCGUUGGGCGUUACACCAAUCUUGUACGGCUCUCAAGAGCCAGGGUCCACUCUGGAUUACGCGAGGAUUAUUGCAUAGCCGUCGACGACUAGCGUCUGCCCGGCAUGUUCGAGAAGGUCAGAUUGUUGACGCAGAAGAGUACCUCAACACCAUCCGAGAACGAGAAAGUCGCCCAGUUUCGGAGAUGUAUCGCGCAGAUCGGCGCCCUCGGAAGCAACUGCCCUUCGAACCUAAGUUUGAGGAGGAGGUGGAUGUCAUUAUGAAGGAUCUGUUGGUUCAAUUUGAGCGAACAGAUAUCUCCGAUUUCAAAGACACCGGAAUUGACGAAGAGCAAGAGCGGGAAAUCCUACACGAAGUCGAGCAAGAGAGAGAAAUUCAGCGUCCGAAAGAAGUACGACCUGCAGUUCCAAAGGCCUGCAUAAGCCUUUUGAACCUUAUCAAAGAUGGUACUUUUCCGGAAGGAUCGCCAGAGCUUUGCCCAGCAUUCGAAGUGCUGUUGCAAACCCGACUGGCAUGCCAUUAUGGUCGACUCGAUUUUCCAAUGCAUGUUCUCGUCACACGAGAUUUCUUACGCACCAUUGAAAAUCGCGACAAGUCGCCUGAAGACGAUUUUCUACGACCAGUUCAAUGGGUAUUAAAAGCAAAGCGCAUCAAACAGCCCAUCAUCAUCAGCCCACAUGAAGCCCAAGUGUUCUUACCUGUGAUCCGACUUACAGGGCGUGCGACUCUUAUUCUUUAUCAACCUCGAGUCAGCCGCAGUAUGACUCCCUUCGAUAGUAUGAAUGUCUACAAAGUUCCUGAGAGCGCGCAUCCCGUUGACAUUACACCACAAGAGAAAACAACGUUGAAUCUGUUUGCUGGUCAGCUCUAUUUCAGCUCGUUUGUUGACUAUCAGCGUCUCUGUGAACUUAUUGGUUUAUGGGAUGGAGUUCGUCCUCUCCCUAUACAGCGAGAAGUCGCCAAUGACAAUUUCGUAUCACCAGCGUGUCGGAUGGCAAAUGGCUGGACAGAGUGCACAUUUACCACAAGUCCAGUUAGCAUGUUGAAGGCGUUUAUCGGUAUGCGCAGAUUGGGUAUUGAAUGGAGCCAUACGCAUAUGGGAAGGAUUCUGGCAGGGCGGAUUUUGAGGAAAGAGGAAUUCGAGAAUAAUGCGGCCUGA